UUCACUGUUCAGUGCAAAAUAAUAUUAUUAUUGUGUUUGUGUUUUGUGCCCAACCUAGGUCCUAGACCUUAGUGACUAGUGACUACUAACUGUCUAGUGGGCACUGGGCAGUCGCAGUAUAGUCGCUAGUGCAGUAUUGCUAUUACUGGCGGUAACUCGUGCGUCCGACUCGCGAACAAUUGUGAAAUUGUUUAUAUUAUCAAUAUUCCAUAAUAUUAUUGUAUUUUACACCUGCUAGUGUGAUUUUUGUUGAAAACAAUAUUCCGCCGUUUAAGUAUCCGAUUUUCGUCUGAAAAACCGAUCGGUCACCAUUAUCGCGUAGUGUAUUUAUAACUUAUAAAAUAGUAUUUGUUAGUUUAAAUCGCGGUAAGUCCACAGCGAAAUGGACGAUUUCGUGUUAUACUAUAAUAUAAUCUGUAAUUAUGAUUACCGUCGACGGACGACGAUAUUUUACUCGACUUGUAUCCCGAAAACUAAUCGAAAUAAUAUAUUUUAUUUUUACAUCGUCAUUGGUCGAGGAUCUCCCGAUAAUCCGGAUUUAAAUGGUUAUCAAGAUGUGUUCAAAAUUCAACCAGAUCCGUGUUUAAUCGAUUUUAAAAGAUGUAUUAUAUUCAUUACGAUGCAUACACUAAACAUCGUGUUUUCAUUGUUUGCUCUCCUUUCGGUGAAGUUUCAAAAAAAAAUUUAGUUCGUUUUAAAACGCCAACUGUUUUUGAGAAAUACUACAUUAUGGCGUGCCCGACAGCAAUGAUCUUAUGGGAUUAUGUUUGGAAUGCAGAUUGCAGUCUGUUCUGUCGUCAAUUAAUAACAUAACUUCAUGCCCGUAGUAUUUUUUUUUUUGUUUAUUAAAUAAUUUGAUCGAGUCUGUAAUUUAUUAACUAUGGAUCUCAACAAGUUAUAUCAAUGGAUGAAGACUCAAUUAGUGUUCAUGGAUCUACUGCUGAUUCCAUUGAAGCAUUUGAUGAACUCCAAGUACUUGAUGAAAUUACAGAAGAAACCGAUAAUAUUAUUGAAGGUGAUGACCAAUUAGAUGAAGAAUUUGAUACUAGAAGUGAAGCUAGCUCUAGUUCCAUUGAUGAAACUUCAACAAGGAAUAAGAUAAAAUCAGAAAGAUAUAUAAGAAUCGACGAAGAUUCAUCUAUUAAAAAAAAACCAUCUGAAGAAUAUUUAUCUCAACUAAAACUAUUGUUGAAAGAAGCUCGGUUUUUCAUUAUAAAAAGUAAUAACUAUGAAAAUAUUGAAUUGGCUAAAAUUAAAAAUUGUUGGUCUACAAGACCAUGGAAUGAGACAAAGUUAAAUCAAGCUUUCAGAACAUGUAAGAAUGUAAUUUUGAUAUUUUCAGUUAAAGAAAGUGGUAAAUUUGCAGGGUUUGCUAGAAUUUCUGAAGCAGCUAGAUAUGAUUUAUCACCAGUUGGUUGGGUAUUACUCGGAAGUCGUAAUUUAUCAGGUGUAUUUAAAGUUGACUGGAUUACUACAAAAGAGUUAGAAUUCAAUGAUACUUCUCAUUUAUUCAAUGCAUACAAUGAAGGAAAAACUGUUAAAAUUGCUCGUGAUGGUCAAGAAGUUGAUGCUAAGACUGGAUCACAAUUGUGCUCAAUGUUUUUAGAAGACGAAUCAAUUGAUUUUCAGUACAUUUUAAAAAAAGCUAAAAAUCAUCAGCCUUCUAUUAGUACAGCCGAAUUACGGCAACGGCGUAGAGUGCUUGGUUUACCAGAUGAAGGACCCACUACCAAAGAAUAUAUACAAGCUUACCGAUUCGGGAUGCCACAUAAACAACUACCAAGGAUGUUAUCACAUCCAUAUUAUGUACGCCCACCUUUGUAUCCAUCGUACCAAUAUAAUUUAGGUGGAUCACCAAUGGUACAACGUUAUUAUGAUGAUGUACCAUUGCCACCCUUUCGGCUUCCUAUACAUGUACCAGAUACAUACGCACGACCAUUAGAAGAUUACUACAAAAGAGAUAGAUUAGUUAAUCUCAGGGAAUAUCACUCAAGUCAUAGACGUGAAAAAGAGCGCCAUACUCAUAGACACCGUUAUCAUUAAAGUUUUUAAAAUUCAUUCAAAUGAUCCUCCUUAGAUUAUUAAUACUGAAAUAUUAGUAUUAAGUUUACUAGUCUUAAAAGUAAAUACAUUUUAUUGUUAUUAUUUUUGUAUAAAUAGAAAUUUUAUCCUACUAUAUUGUAUUGUUUAUAUAAUUUAUUAUUAAAAUGAUUUUGAAUGGUUUUUAUUUUAUACAAACAUUAGUGAUUAUCAAAACUUAUAUUUGCUUUUAGUAAUAUUCUUAUUGUUUUAUGAUUUUGGUCACUUAUUUUGUUUUUUACAUUUUUUGUUGCGACAAUACCUAUUUUAGAAUUCAUAUACACAUUUGUAUUUGGCCACUGUGUUUUUAUAAGUAUUUGAUGUAAAUAUAUUUUUCUCUUUUUAUGUAUGU